AUGUCCAUAUACGAAACCGAGUUCACGCGCCGACUACGGUCGGGCAUGUCGACCCCUCCGCAAUCGCCCUCGAAGCGAUCAUCCUACCGGGAUCGUGACGUGUUUGCAGAUGUCGAAGUCCCUUCUCGAGGCAUGAGUCCGGUCAUGAAGGGCAAGGCCGUGGUGCGAGAGUAUGGCGACCGUCGAGAAGGAGGAUUGCAUGCAGCGUACCAGCUGCUGCCAGACAAUGGUCUGACGGAUCCUGCGACCGCGAAACCUCGAUCAAAGAAGAGAAAUCAGUCGCAACAUCAGGGCUUGGACGCCGAGGCCCGGAGAGAAGUCAACACGACCUUCUCCACCCUGCUCAAGAAUGAGCUCUUUCCGAACAACUCACCAUCAAGCUCGUCGAGACCGUCAUCGCCCCGGCCUCACUCCUCGCCGCGACACCGGAGAACCAUUACCUUCAACACAUCCAACGUACCCAACCUCCCGCAUCCGCCAGCCCAGGCGUCUAGCGCGGGUGUCACGCCUCUGCAUCACCAUCCCCCACCCGGCGUGCCAGGAUCGGGAGAUCGUGCUGAGCGGGAGCUGUCGCCUGCGUCGAACCUUCCACCAUUGCCUUUGCACGCGCCUUCGACACCAACCUCGGGGAACAGCCGGCCACCGGGGGCUGGGCCGAGUUCAUCACAUCAUCGCGCCCAUCAGUCUCAGGUCGCCUUGACGUCGGGCUCAGGUGCUCACACCCCUCCCAGCCGCAAAGGCACCUUCUCGCCCCCGCCUUCAGGAUCACCCUCGACGCCCACCAAGAACCGCGUCCUCAACUUCACAUCGCCGAGUGCUAAGCGGAUGGCGCAGCUUACCUCUGGCGCCAGUCUCGAUGACAUGAACCAUGACCGCUACAGCUUGAGCCCUGUAGGACGGACAACGCAGCGGGCUCUGCUGAGUCCGCGGAAGAGUGUUCGCCAGAUCUCACGCACACCGUUCAAGGUCCUGGAUGCGCCGGAGCUCGCGGAUGAUUUCUAUCUCAAUCUAGUGUCUUGGUCCUCUUCCAAUGUCCUUGGAGUGGGCCUGAAUAGCUGCGUGUAUCUGUGGAGUGCUCAAACCAGCCGAGUUACCAAGUUGUGCGACCUCACCGCCAAUCAGGUCGAAGGAGACGAGUGUCCUGAUACCAUCACGGGCCUCGAAUGGACCAACAAGGGCAGUACCAUUGCUAUCGGCACCAACCGCGGCUCGGUGGAGAUUUGGGACGCCGAGUACUGCAAGAAGAUUCGUACCAUGUCUGGCCACACUGCUCGUGUGGGCAGUUUGGCUUGGAACAACCAUAUCCUCUCGUCUGGAUCGCGCGACCGCUCGAUCCUGCAUCGCGACACGCGAGCACCAGACCAGUACAUCCGCAAGCUGUCUGGACAUCACAAGCAGGAGGUGUGUGGUCUCAAGUGGAACACGGACACCGACCAGCUCGCGAGUGGAGGCAACGACAACAAGCUCUUCGUCUGGGGCGGCACCGACUCUCGCCCGACGUGGCGCUUUGGCGAGCACCGCGCUGCCGUCAAGGCUAUCGCCUGGAGCCCGCACCAGAGGGGUGUCCUGGCCAGUGGGGGUGGUACUGCCGACAAGAAGAUCCGCUUCUGGAAUAGUCUCACUGGCGGCCUCGUCAGUGAGUGGGACACGGGAUCGCAGGUGUGCAACCUGAUGUGGUCGAGGAACUCGAACGAGAUCGUGUCCACUCAUGGAUACUCCGCCGGCCCCGUUCAGAACCAGAUUCAUGUCUGGAGAUACCCCUCUAUGACGCAGGUCGCGACUCUGACAGGCCACACGUACCGUGUCCUGUACCUCGCCAUGAGCCCGGACGGCCAGACGAUUGUGACUGGCGCCGGGGACGAAACGCUGCGCUUCUGGAAUGCAUUCCAGCGACCUGCCGGGGAGAGCGCUCGCAUCACUGCUAGUAGCGGAGCUGCCAGUGGCCUCAACCCAUUCGCCAAGCUGCGCUGA